AUGUCUUCCUUUAAAUAUCCUGUAUUAGGACUCUCUAUUGUGGUCGGUAGUGAACUGAUCUUCAGGUGGCUUAAGCAUAUUUAUAAUUAUGCGAUAGAUUUAAAGAACUGUAAAAAAAUUGUUGAUGGUAAUUUAUAUAUGAUGACUGGAAAUACAAAACCUUUUAGCAGGGUAAUAUUUUUUCCUGACAAAGGUAUUGUAUCAAGUACUACCUUUGAUGGUCAGUACAAUAAUAAGGAUGGGUAUAAGAAUUUAGAGGGAGAUGACGUUCAGACUGGGAACAUCACUGGCCAACAGAAAGGAGCAGUCUCGUUACAUAAUGAUCAGUUAAGAAAUUUCCGAUCCAGUGAUUAUGAUCCUGUCGUUAGGAUUCGAGCUACAGCAAGACUAGACAAUCAGGAACUGUUCAAACAAUCAACAAGGCUAAGGAGGAGUACAUCACUAAUCUAUAUGAUCAAUGUAUUGGACUCAGCCAAGAGAUCUUUAGAAGUGUGUCUCUACAUUCUGACAUGCAAGGAUUUAGUUUCUGCCAUUGUAAGAGCAAAGCUUCGUGGUGUAAGAGUUCGUGUGCUCUUAGGAGGGACAAUGGAAGAGUAUAGUACAAGUUCUGCCAGUAUCCUUCUCAAGCACAAUAUAAUGUUCCGAUUCAGCAACCCUGCCCUACUAAUGCACCAUAAAUUUGCCAUAGUGGAUGCCCCAGAACACCUCCAGAAACCUCAUUAUGAUGGUAAGUUUGUACAAGUGGACAGAAUUUAUAGCAAACAGCAUGAAGUUCAAGGUAAAGAUUGGAUUAAUCAUAAGAGUGAUACCAAAUCCACUGUGCAUUCUAGGGUUUCAGAUUUGUGGAAAAGGAUUGAAAUAUCAAGAUUCUUUUAUGAAUUCUCAAACUUUAUCAAAUCUAUGAUAUCAGUACCAAAAAAUGACCACCAUAAUGAGAAUUUUGAGGGUGUGCUAAUGACUGGCUCAUUUAACUGGACUUGGGCAGCAGUUACAAAUAAUUAUGAAAAUGUCGUUAUUACCAAUGACCCACAAUUAGUAAAUAGAUUUGCAGAGGAAUUUCAUAGUCUCUGGAAAAAUUUGGAAACUUAGGUAAUUCUGGAAUUUGCAAAUUAUUUUCAAUAUACUGUACUGUACAGCCAUUUCCUAAGUUAUAAAUGGGUUAAAUUCCUGGACCCUGUUUGUAAGUCGGAAUAUUGUUAAUUCCAUAGGUUAAAGCACAAUCCUGCCCAUACAAAACAAUAUUAAUAUCCCUUAUCUAACAUAUAAGUAUACAGUAGUACCUUGAUUUACGCUGUCAAUUGAACCCACAGGGUACCGCGGAAAGUGAAAACCGUGUAAAGUGAACAACAGAACAUAUGGGAUUAAUUCCAAUAGAGACUGGCCAAACUCCACUUUUUCCGACACAAUACCUAUGUUGUAGUAAAAAUAACAUCUAAAUUUUAUGAUGGUAUGCUCACACAAUUAAUAUUUAAGAGAAAUACAGUCGCCAGGUUAAUGUCCAUUCAAAUAA